GAACUGGGGAUGUAGCUCAGUGUGAAGUCCCUGAUUCAAUCCUUAGACCAAGUAAAAGGCCAGAGUUGCUGCUGGGGUAGAGGGAGACAAACCCAGGAAUUGACUGACCCGCAGUGGUUUGCUUUGCUCUCCAGGGGGCUGCUGUGGUUCUGACUAUAAACAGUACGUGUUUGGCGGCUGGGCCUGGGCCUGGUGGUGUAUCUCCGACACUCAGAGGAUUUCCCUAGAGAUUAUGACGUUGCAGCCCCGCUGCGAGGACGUAGAGACGGCCGAGGGGGUAGCUUUAACUGUGACGGGUGUCGCCCAGGUGAAGAUCAUGACAGAGAAGGAGCUCCUGGCCGUGGCCUGCGAGCAGUUCUUAGGCAAGAACGUGCAGGACAUCAAGAAUGUCGUCCUGCAGACCCUGGAAGGGCAUCUGCGUUCCAUCCUUGGGACCCUGACAGUGGAGCAGAUUUAUCAGGACCGGGACCAGUUUGCCAAACUGGUGCGAGAAGUGGCAGCCCCUGAUGUUGGCCGCAUGGGCAUCGAGAUCCUCAGUUUCACCAUCAAGGAUGUGUAUGACAAAGUGGACUACCUGAGCUCCCUGGGCAAGACACAGACUGCCGUGGUGCAGAGAGAUGCUGACAUCGGUGUGGCUGAAGCCGAGCGAGAUGCAGGCAUCCGGGAAGCUGAGUGCAAGAAAGAGAUGCUGGAUGUGAAGUUUAUGGCAGACACCAAGAUUGCUGACUCCAAGCGGGCCUUUGAGCUACAGAAGUCAGCCUUCAGUGAAGAAGUCAAUGUCAAGACAGCUGAGGCCCAGUUGGCCUAUGAGCUGCAAGGGGCCCGUGAGCAGCAGAAGAUACGGCAAGAAGAGAUUGAGAUUGAGGUUGUGCAGCGCAAGAAGCAGAUUGCAGUGGAGGCGCAGGAGAUUCUGCGCACAGACAAGGAGCUCAUCGCCACGGUGCGCCGCCCUGCCGAGGCUGAGGCCCACCGCAUCCAGCAGAUCGCAGAGGGUGAAAAGGUGAAGCAAGUCCUCUUGGCACAAGCAGAGGCUGAGAAAAUACGCAAAAUUGGAGAGGCUGAGGCAGCAGUCAUCGAGGCAAUGGGCAAGGCAGAGGCUGAGCGGAUGAAGCUGAAGGCUGAGGCCUACCAAAAAUACGGAGAUGCAGCUAAGAUGGCCUUGGUGCUGGAGGCCCUGCCCCAGAUUGCUGCCAAAAUCGCUGCCCCACUCACCAAAGUUGAUGAAAUUGUGGUCCUCAGUGGAGACAACAGCAAAGUGACAUCAGAAGUGAAUCGAUUGCUGGCAGAACUGCCUGCCUCCGUGCAUGCCCUCACGGGUGUGGACCUCUCAAAGAUACCCCUGAUCAAGAAUGUCACCAGUGCCCAGGUGUGAGGCUCCGCAGGCCUACACCCUUCAGCAGCCGCCUGCCCUUCCCUCCGUCUUAACACCACAA